ACAAGGUUACGUGGUGAAUUCUACGUUGUCCAAACUUUUUUAGUAGUUUUGUGGCUAGGGAGCUUAAAAGAAUAUGGAUAGGACUGUGCUGUUUAAGGCAAGUGUGAAGACUAUUCGUACGAGGAAUAAAGCACUCGGAGUCAAGGACAAUGAUAAAGGAAAUUCAAUUUUGACGAGUCGAAAAUCAAUGGGAACUGAGUUUGGUAAACGAGCAAAAGAUGUGCUUGUGAAUAUUAGAAAACUGAGAGAUUUUCUCAUGGAGCACCGUAAGGAUUACAUUGAUGCUGCAAGUUCGUUAAAUGAAAUGUCAAGCAUGACUGAUGCAGAACGAGAUCAGAUUGACAAAGAUGCAGAAACGUUUAUGAGAACAUGCAAUGCUUCAAUACAAGGUCUUAAAAAUGAAGCAUCAAACCUAGGUGGUCCUGAACAGGUCAAAACACACAGGGAUGCAGUUAUAGAAUUGUUAGAGGGAUAUUUAAAAGUUGUUUGUAAGCUCUACAGUGAGCAAAGGGCAAUACGCAUCAAAAGGGUAGUUGACAAGAAAAGAAUAUCAAGGUUACAACCUGACAAUGCAAAACGAAAAUCUGAUCUUCUCAUGAGUGGGUUAGAACAAGAAGAUGAUGGAAACACUGAAUCAAUUAGUGAAGACAGACAAAAGGCUUUUAAUGACUUCCAACCACCCAUUGAUGAGGAUGAAGAACUUUUACCUGAUGAAGUUCAAAUGUUUGAACAAGAAAACAAGAAACUGUUUGAAGAAAUGAACAGCCUAGUGGAUGAAGUCAGACAAAUAGAAGGAAGAGUCGUGGAAAUAUCUAGAUUACAAGAUAUAUUUUCUGAGAAGGUUUUGCACCAGGCUGGUCAGAUUGAGAGAAUACAUACUACUGCUGCUGCGACAACUGAAGAUGUAAAAACUGGCAAUGAGCAAAUAAGAGAGGCAAUAAAGAAUAAUGCAAGUUUUCGUGUAUGGAUAUUGUUCUUCCUGGUCAUGUGCUCGUUCAGCCUCCUCUUCCUGGACUGGUACAGCUGAGAGUGUUCAUUGUAUAACAGAUAUACUUAUCACAAUUUAAAAUCAGAAUAAUAAUCUAUGCCAUAGAGUUUUAAGUGACGUUACUCGUAUGGAAAAACUACUUCCAGGUCCAUAACAAAACGCAGUUCUAUAAAGAAUUUUCUUAUUUGGCUACAUAAAAAUUAUAUAUGUGUGUAUGAGAAUAUAUAUGAAAUAUAUAUUUGUACUGUGGUUGAAAUGUAUCAAAUUGAGCUGAUCCUUGCAGAAUAUUUGAAGCAACUUAUGCAGCUGCAAAUUGAAAGAUUCAGUAAAAAUUCUGAGUCUUGGAUGGUAUUUGAACUCAUUUGUCUGCAUACGAUACCAGUAUGUUCCUUGAUUACAGACUCAUUCACUUACUGGGGCUAACCUCGUUUUAGAAUCAGAACAUUUACAAAUACCAACGGUAAAGUAAAGAAUGAACUACUUCAGAAGGGUUUUAGAAAUUAAGAAAAAUAAUGUAUUGCAAAAUUGGUAUUUUUUUAUUGGUGAAUAUUAAUUCUACGGACUACACUUCGUUAUGAAUUUUAUAAUUUAAUUUACAAAUUUAUGUGUGAGGUAUUUACUCUAUAGAAACCGUAGAAAAAAAUUGGUUGGUAUGACAAAUAUUAGAUACAAGCCACACAUGUCUGGUGCCGGCCAGCCCUGGACAUCCCUCGUGCAAGCAAGAAUAUUCAAUAGAGUGYAAACAAUAUAUUGUUUCAUAAUAUAAUUUCAUAAUUUAUAAUUCCACCUAUAAUAUUAAUAAUUACAAAAUCUUUAUGCUGGUAUGAUAUGAUACAUGUAUGAUAUUAAUGGCAUAUAAUGGCCAUUUUAUUGUGCUUGAAGAAUGUCAAAUGAUAACAUUGGGUAAUUAAAGAAUUAUCAAAUUUUACAUAAUUACACUAUAAAGUUAUUAGUAAUUUAUACAGUAUGAGUGGCCGCRUUGUAUCGGAUAUACAACCAUGAGGCGUAGCCGAGUGAUUGUAUAUCUGAUACAACACGGACACGAAUACUGUAUAUGACUUAUCAAACGUCUACUGGUUAGUUCCUUUGUGUUUCACUAAAAUUUUCAAACUUAAAGUG